AUGCCUCCGCCCGGGUCUUCACAAGUGACUCGCACUCGACCUGAGCAGCCGCCGCCGUCUCCUGCGUCGCCCCGCCGUCCAGGCCACGCACCAAGCGACGGACUGCCGCUGCUUCCCUGUCAUGACGCGCCCGUCCCCGUCGCCUCCUUCCCCACGCCCCCGCCACUCGCCGUCGCGCAGUUUGGCGCCGUCCCAAGUCCAAACGACGUGCGCGCGCAGCUGCUGGUCGCGCGUUACCGUCGCAAUUCGUCCCCACUGCCUGAACCCGUGGCUGAAAUGACGCUGCGCAUUGACACGGAGCUGGAGCUCUUGCGGCGCCGCUGCUUUGCGCAACGCAACGCCCAAUGGCGCAACGCAACGCCGGACGAGUUUGAGUUCCAGCCUGUGCCUUGUAACGUGUGGACGGACGUGGAGUCUCCUGCUAAUGAAAAGCUCAAGCUACGGAUGAUGAAGGUUGAAGGCGUGCUGGACGGCAGUGGAAAGGAGUUUUUCUAUGCCCCAGAGAAGAAGCACGACCAGAGAGACCCGACGCACGUGGACCAGUACGUGCGGGAUCGGCCUUGGCCGCCCCGUGAAUUUGCAUUGAAACCCGUGACUAAACCGUCACGAGGGCGAGGCGGGAAACGCAAAGCUGCUCCCAUGGGGGCGGUGCUGGAUCCAGUCCCACGUGUGGCAAAAAGGUGUCGAGAGUGCGAGACGCAGUCGACGCCUUUGUGGCGGACACAAAUGCGAAAUGGUAAAGGGGAGAAAGCAGGGACGAUGAAGGGUGCAGCUAUGGUGGUUAAUGGGAUACUAGCACAAAAUGUGGCCAAGGGUGCACUGCAGUUGAUGGGUGGGAAGACGGACGAGGUGGUGCAGCAGGUUGAGGUGGAUCUCUGCCUCGCGUGUUACCUUAAGCUCGAAAGAGCGGACUUGUUUCAACAGAAACGUGCUGACAAAAAGAGGGAUGAGCGUCGCAAGAAGGAGCAAGCUGCUGCGGCGGUGUUGCAGGAGAAGAAACGGUUGAAGCUACAGAUGCAAUCACUAAAGAAGCAACAGAAGGAGCACAAGAAGCAGGAGGAGUUGACAGUGCAGCCAGUGGUUGAGGAGGGUGAGCAAGUUGAUGAGGACGUGUUUGAAGACGAUGCUGCUCUGGGUGCGGAGAGUCCUCAAUUCAUGAGGAAUGAAGUCGACGCUGGUACGGGGUCAUGGAAGGAAAAGAAAAAAGACCGGAAGCAUAGUCGCAAGGAUAAAAAGAAGAAGAAGAAGCAUCGUCGCAAGCUUGAUGAUCUAGAGGACUUAGAAAGUGAUGGUCGGACCCCGAUUCCAUCCCCUGCGCAGAUGAAUGGGUAUGUGUACGCGGAUCGAGACUCGGACACGCACGCAACUUCACUGGUUUCAUCAUUUGAGACGAAUCAAGCGAGUCUAAAAAACCGGCAUAUGGAGACUGUAGUGGCUGAAACAGAACCGGAAGUGCUAGACGAUGGUGCUUAUGACCCAAAGGACGAAGCAGUAUCUGCUGCUACUGCGAGAUCAUCGUCCCGGAAGCGCAAGAGUGUCCAACGAACCGAGCCGACUGCAGUGGUUGAGUCUUCUGUGUCUGUGUUGAAAAGGCGGAGCACAUCUUCAUCCAGGACCUCACGUUCAAAACAGACAGGUGCUCGUGCAACGACCGUUGCGUCAACUGGCGUGACUGUAUCCCCGGCUGCUUCUGUAAGAAAGCGAUCUCGUGCAAAAAGGGAGUCUGUGCGCGAGCGUGAGUUGCGAGCUCUGGGUCAGUACUGCCCAGUUUGCAAUGACGUGUACGAGGACGACGAUCAGAAUACAUUUGUAUGCUGCGACUCUUGCGAGCUCUGGGUGCACGGUGCCUGUGAUCCGACUCUUACGCAGGAUCUGAUUGCAGCGAUGGCGAACACCGAGGACAAGUACGUUUGUCCGCUUUGUGCUGGGCGGUGA